AUGCCUUGCAAGCCAGAGCUGGAACUGGGUCCCGAACCGUUGAUGUUCAACGGCUUCUGGCUACAAGCGCUGCUCACCUGGUCUGGAAAUGCUGCCAUGAACGUCCUGGAUAAGUACCACACCUUCCCCUUGAACAAGAGCUAUGUGGGCUUAAGUAUCAUUGGCGCCCUAGACACACUGGUAGUGAUUUUGUACCUCCUGUUGACCCUGUCCAUUGGCCUGUGGGCCUUACUGUUACACAAUCGUGGGACAAUAAAAGACUUCUUCCUGGCUGGCCAAAAUCUAGCAUGGUGGCUGGUGGGUAGUUCCCUUUUUUCUGCAAAUAUUGGCAGUGGCCACUUUAUGGGCCUGGCUGGGGUAGGAGCAUUUUCAGGAAUUGCUGUUGGGGCCUUUGAAUGGAAUAGUAUAUUUGCAUUCUUUGUUCUUGGCUGGAUAUUUGUUCCUUUCUAUGAUAAGGCUAGGGUGGUGACAGUGCCAGAAUACUUGAGGAAGAGGUUUGGCAGCGUCCGGAUCCAGUUGUUCUUUUCCUUUGUGUCUUUACUCGUCUACAUCUUCACACGGAUCUCAAUGGAGAUCUGCUUUGGCACCAUGUUCUUGAAAAUGGUUUUGGACACAGAUAUUUACCAGACUAUGAUGCUCAUCCUGACAGUUACUGGCAUUUAUACAGUCACAGGUGGUCUGACAGCGGUGGCUUAUGCGGAGGCCUUUCAAGCCUUCAUUAUGAUUUUGGGAUCAGCCAUAUCAAUGGGUUAUGCCUUUAAUGCAGUUGGAGGAUAUCAACAGUUUGUGCAUAAGUACUUCCAAGCCAUCCCAAGUGUGACCCGUCAAGGAAACUGGACUGCCAAGCCAAAGUGCUACACCCCUCGUCCAGAUGCUUUCCACAUCUUCCGAAGUCCCACCUCUGGAGAUAUCCCAUGGCCUGGACUCAUCUUUGGCGGCACUAUUGUCUCCUUGUUCUAUGGGUGUGCUGAUCAGGUUUCUGUCCAGAGGUUUCUGGCAGGAAAGAGCAUGCUUCAUAUGAAAGGUGGCUGCCUCUUCUGUGGGUACCUGAAGCUGCUGCCCAUGUUCCUCAUGGUGAUGCCAGGGAUGAUCAGCCGCAUCUUGUUCUCAGAUCAAGUGGCAUGUGUUGUACCGCCAGAAUGCCAAAAGUUCUGUGACAGCCAAACUGGUUGUAGCACCCUGGCUUAUCCAGUGCUGGUGACAAAAGUGAUGCCUUCUGGCCUACGGGGCUUUAUGCUGUCCACUGUCUGUGCUUCCCUCAUGUCCUCCCUGACUUCUGUUUUCAACAGUUCCAGUGCCCUGUUCACGAUGAACAUCUACACCUGGAUACAGCCUCUAUCCACUGAAAAGGAGCUCAUGAUAGCGGGAAGGUGAAGUGUUCUAGUCCUGUCAGUCACUAAUAUUGGAGAAUACCCCUUCCAUAUGUGA